AUGAAUGAGAAUAAAGAAAAAGAAGAGUCGGAAUGCGUCGGUGAGAAUACAGAAGAAGCCACUACGAGUAGAGCAGCAAAGCGAGAGCUCUCCAGUCCAGGCAAAGAGGUCGGUAGACCAUCAAAGAUCAAAAAGAAAGAAGCCAAAGAAGAUAAAGUAGACGACGAUUUCCCUAUGAAUGUUCCUUUUAAGGUAGUCAAUGGGGUUCGACAUCUUUCUCCAUAUUGGGCAAUGUACCGAACACGUACGAAAGGUAGAUGGAUUAAUCGGAAGAUGGUAGAGGUUUUCAGUCAAGAAUUCCUCUCCACAAACAAGAAUUAUGCGGUGGUAGCAUGCAAACUCGGAAGAAUUAGUGUCAACGGAAAACAAAUAACAGACGUGAACUAUAUUUUCAAAAAUGGCGACAGAAUCGAGCAUUGGGGACAUAGACAUGAACAUCCAGUUAAGGACUACGCUAUCGAAGUGAUUGCGGAGACGGAAGAUCUGCUUGUGGUUAACAAGCCGCCAUCUUUACCCGUACACGCAUGUGGACAAUAUUCCAUCCACACAGUCUUGGGACAAUUGCGAGUUCAUCAUGGAAGGACGAAUUUGCGAGUCCUUCAUAGAUUAGAUCGAGCUACAUCAGGUGUUCUGUUGUUUGCCAAAAACUACGAAACAGAUCUCGAAUUCAAGCAAACUUUGAAGCUUGGAGAAUGGCGAAAGGAGUACGUUUGCAAAGUCGCAGGGGUUUUCCCAGAAGGUGAAGUUGUUUGCGAAGCGCCGAUUGGAACUUUAGUCAUUAGUAUGGGCAUCCAAUGUGUUCGGGACGAUGGGAAAUCUGCGAAAAGUGUGUUCAAACGAUUAUGGACUGACGGCCAAACAUCAGUUUGUUCAGUUCUGAUUGAAACCGGUAGAACUCAUCAAAUACGUGUACAUGCUCAAUACCUAGGACACCCUAUUGUGGGGGAUCAAUUAUACAAUACCGACGUUUGGGGGCCAAACAAAGGCAAAAACGGAGAGUAUGGAAAAGGAUACGAUCAGUUGUGUGAAGAUGUGCGAAACGCUCACAAAGCCUCUUCUUGGCAUGAGACCGUUGAUCCGGACUAUGAAGCUAGAAUGGAAAGAAUGGCAUCCGAAGAUUUAACGCCGGAGCCAGCCGGAUUAAGGCCAGAAGAUCGACCAAGCUAUGAUGAAGUGUGUUUGAAUUGUAAUGUGACUAAGAAGGAGGUACCUGCUGGACACUUUCAACUCUUUUUGCAUUGUUUGCGAUAUGAAACGACCAAAUGGUCUUAUGAAACAGAGAUGCCAGAAUGGGCGAGAGAGAAUUAUUGGAAAAUUAAAAUGCAACCUAGGGUCUUUUCCGGUGCAAUAUCUGACAAGACAACGAUAUACUAA